AGGAGGAAAAAAUGGAGGUGGAGAAGACGAUUUCUUCAGGUAACAAUGGAGAUGAUGAAGAUGUUUUGCUUCCUGGUUUUCGAUUUCAUCCUACUGAUGAAGAGCUUGUGGGGUUUUAUCUUAAAAGGAAGGUGGAGAAGAAACUCUUUAGUAUCGACUUAAUCAAACAUGUUGACAUCUACAAAUAUGAUCCUUGGGAUCUUCCAAAAGUUAGCAAACUUAGCACUGUUACCGAGAAGGAAUGGUACUUCUUUUGUAGAAGAGGGAGAAAAUACAGGAAUAGCAUUAGGCCAAACAGGGUUACAGGGUCAGGAUUCUGGAAAGCUACUGGUAUCGACAAGCCAAUAUAUUCUGUUGGAGAAUUUCAUGAUUGCAUAGGCCUAAAGAAAUCCUUAGUUUAUUACCGGGGAAGUGCAGGGAAAGGCACCAAAACCGAUUGGAUGAUGCAUGAGUUUCGCCUUCCAGCCGGUCAAAAUCCCAGUCUCUCCAACACUAAGAAAGACAACUUGCCAGAAGCUGAAGUUUGGACACUAUGCAGAAUUUUUAAGCGUGAUGUUUCCUACAGAAAAUUUGCAUCGGAUUGGCAAAAUAAGAAGAAUCUUUCCAAACAAAAUACAACUGCUUCCGGCUCCAGAACAUGCAGCAUAGAGUCAGACAAUAGCGUCGAGGUGAAGAGUUUCGGAGUUUUAGAUGAGAAGGAGAUUGAAAGGAAGCUUGCCAAUGACCAUCUGCUUGGAAGGAACCAGUUCUUUGCAGGAACAACUCAAGUUCCGUCAUAUUUAAGCUUCUCGAACCCAAACGGAGGUGAAUUCUUCGGACAACAGAACUGGGAUGAGCUUACGCCAGUGGUUGACUAUACCUUGGGUACGUCACUGCUAUACAGUGAUUUGUAGAUGUUAAGGGAUACAUAUAUCUCUCCAUCAUCUCGUUAAUUAAGUCAAUAACCCUGAACCUCUCUGACAAUUACCAAUCAGUUUUAAGUUGGAAGCUCUGGGUUUUUAAUCUAGUAAAGACAGAAUAAUGUCAAGAGGGAGUUUAGGCUUUUGAUGUGCAUGGGAUUAGUAGUAAAGUAGUGUGUUUAGGAUCAGAACACUGUAGAGAAUACCAAUCUGAUUAAAACUUGGUU